AUGGCUGUUCCAUUGACCUUUCUCGUGCUGGUAACGGGCGUCGCUGGAGACAGCGCUCUUCCGGAUGGUGGCCUAGGCAAUAUGCAUUCCUAUCUAUCACAGCACUUCCCGGCUGCCCACCGAAUCGUCUUGAACACUGUCGAAUCCUCUGCGGAAGACGUCAUGAUAACCGUGCCUGACUUGAGAAGCUCAGCCCGGAAUCUAUUGCAAUCGCUUGAUAGGAAAAAGGACAAGUUGGAAGGAGAAAGGGCAGUAGAUGUGAAGAAUCACGGAGACGGUCCGAAGCAACAGGGACCGAAUAUCCCUGCUCCCAAAUUGGUAUUUCUCUGCCAUGAUAUUGGAGGAUUUGUUGUAAAACAGGCCCUUCUGUUGGCGAAUUCAGAACCCUGCUUUGAAUGGGUAGCACGCGCAACGGCUGCUGUGCUUUUCUUUGAGACGCCUCACACAGUGCCGACGCAUCUGUCCUGGGAGCGCCUGAUGGUGAGGAUGCUUGGUCAGACAGAGUCUGUGUUGGAUUUCGCCUCAUUUAUACGUUAUUUGUCCGACUAUGCGUCUCAACUCGAGACUGAAUUUGAAGGAAUUUCUGGGACUCAUCAUAUGAUAAACUUUCUGUCUCGUGAGAGUCAUUAUGCCGUGGUCACCCGAGAGAACCUCCCGUGUCCAAUCUACAGCUGUGAUCAGAUACACUGCUUGGAUUGCGACCCAAAAGAGAUGUGGAAGGUCAGCGACCAAGUCUCAUGGGCUGACACAAUCCGGCGCGUUAUCAGUACCCAUCUCAGUCUCGACAGCAAAGGCAGACCCACGAGAAGUUACGCGCAGUUUCUCGACGUCUUUGGCGCGGCUGAGUCCAAGAUUGCACCAGCUUGGAACGCCAGCACACCGCUCGAUCCCGAUAAAGAGGGCAUCUUCACCAAAGACACGUUCAGGGGCCUGCUGCGUUCGAUACUGUCGGGCUGCGCCGGAAAAGCGACAUUUUGUAUCAUCAACGGCCUUGACCACUAUACCGCCGAGGCGCGGGACGAACUGCUCCGCGAUCUCUGCGAGAUGAGAACUUCAUCUCAAGCCGAAUUCAAGGUUCUUACUGUUGGCUCCGCCUCGCAUGUGCAGUAUGGGAAGCCCGGGUAUCCGCUAGUAGUUUACUCGCAGGAACGAAUACUAGCAGCUGGAGAGCUCGAGCGGCUUGCUAAGACAAGGAUAAGAAGCAUGGCUGCGGUUAACCCGGCUUGGAAGACCCUUGAUCUUGAAUCUGAACAAGUCAAAAGGCUGUGGACGGGAUCCGCUACACUCUUUGAAUUAUGCCAGAAGAUGGACUUUCUCGAAAAGGGCGAAACCUUGUCCACCACCGAUGAGGCAAUUGCCAUGGUCGCCACUCUUCCCGCGGACUUUACAGUCUUCUUCAGAACGCUAGCGACUAAAUAUGACUUCUUACGUGAUGGAGGCUUGGGCGCAGCGGUCUUGCCCUGGCUCACUCGUUCGGUACGGCCCAUGACGGUGCCGGAGCUCGCGGUCUGUGCCGCUCUUGCUCGCACGAGCACUGAGACGCUCACAUUGCAACACCUACAAAAGUCCAUCCUAUGGGACUUUCACAGGGACCUGGAGAAUGAGCUUGGUCCCAUCAUCCGGAUCUCGGGCGAGACGGUAGAAAUGCGGCACCGCAUCUACCAAGACCUCGUUCUCGCAGACUCCAACGCUCUAGGCAAGGCCAAUGUGCAUCUUGAUAUACUGACCACGUGUCUCAUAUACCUCAGGCAAAUCAGCCCAUCGUGGAAGCACGGCACAGAGUUUCGGCAAGAGCAUAGACUGGCAGAAUACGCGGCUCUUCACUGGCCGCAACAUUACCAUGAGGUUAGGGACAAAGCCACUGCAAAGCCGGUGGUGCUAUCACUUCUCCAAAAUGAGGAGCAAUUCACCGUAUGGCUGGACAUAUAUUCUCACUAUGCUACGCGAUCCGCCGAAGAAGAGUCAUUCCCCAAGACACCGAUUCAAGUAGCCGCGUACUUGGGAUUGACCGAGGUGCUCUCCGAACUUGUAGCCAACUUGCAUCCAUCGAAUGAAGAUACGGAACUAUCAAAGGCCAUGGAAUACGCCGCAAGUAAGGGUCAUGCGAAUGUGAUUCGACUUCUUGCCGAACUCGGCGUCAGAGCCGAGGGCGCGCUGCUCCGAGCUUCCUGGCUCGGCGACAACGCAACUGUGACUGAGCUGCUCAAAAGCCAUCGUACAUACAUAAACUCCAGAGGCGGGCCGGACGGCUUCUACAACCCCCUUCUGCAAGCAGCCCGUUGUGGACAUGUUGACAGCUUUGCGAAACUCCAAUCUGAAGGGGCUGAUACUAACGCUGUGGCAGCCCAUACGAAUCUCACUGCACUGCACCUGGCGGCAAGGAUUGGUCAACGGGCGAUUGUUCAGAUCCUGAUUACCGCCAAAGUUCCCCUGGCGAGCGUCGAUGAGCAGGGCUAUGGUGCUCUUCACUACGCGGCAGAAGGGGGGUUCGAGGAAAUUGUAAGAUGUAUGAUCAUUGCCGCAAAUGACCCGGCAAUACUGGCGGAUGUAUCACGGGUCUCGCAAGUGCUUCUAGCAAACGACCAGACAAGGGAUUCGAAUACCCCGCUGCAUCUAGCAGCGUCGAAUGGACAUUUGAAGACUGUGGAAACACUACUUGAGAUGAAAGCCGAGCCAGGCAUCCUGAAUGACCGCAAAUACACGCCGCUCCAUUGUGCUGCCGAAGGAGGGUUCCCGUCCGUGGUCAAGGCACUCCUUAAAGUUGGCACUGUAGCAGAGAAUCAAGGGGAGCAGUCGACGAUUGAGGUUCAGCCGUCGCCAGUCGAACUGGCUGUCAAGAACGGUCAUCUUGGUACCGUGAGGGAGCUACGGAGCUCGCGCUUCUAUGACGAUAGCGAGGUUCUUUCCCUAGCAUUCGCCACCGCAUGCCGAGAGGGAACCAACGACUGUGCCUUGUACAUCCUUCAUUGGUAUAGCGAGGUCUCAUUUGCCGGCGGACCAUUGCUGGACGUAGACGGAAAUACCGCGCUCCAUCUCGCCGCACGGGACGGCAAUGUGCGACUAUUUCAGAAGCUUAUGGAUUCAAAAUACGUCCCGAUUGACUCCUUAAACAAGAAGGGAUUGAGUCCCCUUCACAUUGCUGCGUCUUCCGGGAGCCUUGCCAUCAUACAGUUGUUCAAAGAUGACUCGGCUCUCGGUGGCACAACGGCCAACGGAACAGGGAGGACGCUUCUCCAUAUAGCCGCAGAGGCGGGCUACCUCCACGUCGUUGAGUGGCUCCUAGACUACACAUCACUGAAGAAAGAGACCGCCACGGCAGUUAAAGACACAGCCAUAAUGCUCGCGGCAGUGGGCAAGCACGAGCCAAUCGUCAAGCUCUUGCUAGAUUCCAAAUAUGCAGUACCGACUGGCAAUCUCCUGCAUGUAGCGGUGCUGAACAGUUGGAAAGACGUCACAAAGCUUUUGACAUCGUGUGACUUCUCUGUUCUCAACUGGAUUGACGACACCACCAGUAACGCUGCCCUACACCUCGCAGUGGUGAUUAAAAACCCGACAUGGUAG